AUGACAUCUCCAUUUCCAAAUAUCUAUCAACUGCGCAGAGUGAGCAGUGAUAACGCAAAACCGUGUACAAUAUGCUAUAAGUCCACACAGGCUGUUUUGGUGUCAUCUCCCGAUUUUUUUUACGUUUGCGAGUCGCAUUUAAAGGACAAGCAGUUCUGUACGGUGAAAUAUGCAGACGGUGAAGAUGGAAAAGACGCAGAAUACCAGUCCCUCCAUGAGGAGGUUCGGAGUUUAGACCAGAAGGCUACGCAGAUUCAGCACAAGAUCCAGCAGCGAGAGUCCCAGCUUGCCAAAGUGCGAGAUUACCUCUGGAAACCAAAAGACGACGAAAAUCAGCCGGAUCUCAAAAAACAGCUUGCGGAAAUAAUAAAACAACGUGAUCUGGCCAGUGCUAAAUUAGAAAAAUUUAUCAAAGCCUACACAAGAUAUAUGCUGGACGCUGUUUUUUACAAAUCCAGACUCCAACAGCAUAGCAAGAAAAUUAGACAGCAGCAGAUCGUGCAGAAGCUGAACAACGGGACUCUGUUCCCUUCUAUUCCUGACCUUCCCAAACCAUAG